AUGGCUACAGAAAACAAAAAUAUCGGUGUUGAUGAGUUGGCUGCUCCUCAUGAACACAAUGACCAAGCCCAGACCCCUGAUCUGCCAAAUGGAUGGAUAUACAGACAUCGACGGAUUUUCGGCCUCAACAUCCCCUGGUAUGCGUCGCCAAGAGUCCAGUUGGUGAUGGUCGCAUUCGUGUGUUUCAUGUGCCCGGGUAUGUUCAAUGCGCUCAGUGGAAUGGGAGGUGGUGGAAAGACUGAUGCGACUUUGGCCGACAACAUGAACACUGCUCUCUAUAGUACAUUCGCGGUAUUCGGUAUCUUUGGCGGUACAUUCAUCAACAGGCUCGGCGUUAAAUGGACUCUUGCAUUUGGAGGCACCGGAUACUGCAUCUACGCUAUUAGUCUACUAGUCUCUCUCUACGCCGAUGUGACAGGAUUCAACAUUUUCGCCGGCGCUUGGCUCGGUAUCUGUGCGGGUCUUCUGUGGACCGCGCAAGGAACGAUCAUGAUCUCCUAUCCAUCCGAGGAUAAGAAGGGAACAUACUUCGCCUGGUUCUGGGGAAUUUUCAACAUGGGUGCCGUUAUUGGCAGCUUGAUCCCUCUCGGCCAGAAUAUCAACGUCACAACCAACUCCACUGUCUCAUCAGGAACAUACAUUGGUUUCAUUGUUCUCAUGUUCAUUGGAGCCCUUCUCGCCCUCUGCCUUUGCAACGCGAACGACAUUGUCCGACCAGACGGCACCCGUGUCAUUCUAAUGAAGAACCCAAGCUGGCAAUCCGAACUUAUCGGACUGUGGGAGACCCUUCGUUUCGAACCCUUCGUUAUCCUCCUUUUCCCCAUGUUCUUCUCUUCCAACUGGUUCUACGUCUAUCAGCAGAAUGGCAUGAACAGCGCGCAUUUCGAUACGCGUACGAAGGCGCUGAACAAUUUGCUAUACUACCUGGCUCAGAUUAUAGCUGCCGCGAUCUGGGGUGUGCUCCUCGAUGUCCAGAGCGUGAAGCGCUCUCUCCGAGCGAAGGUGACGUGGGCGGUGCUUUUCGUGCUCACUAUGGCUAUCUGGGGUGGUGGUUAUGCCUACGAGAAGACUUAUACCAGGGCGACCGUCACUGACGAUAAUUUCAUUCCGACUGACUGGAAGUCCCAUGGAUACGUUGGCCCAAUGUUUUUGUAUAUCUUUUACGGGUUCUAUGAUGCCGCGUGGCAGGCUAGUAUCUACUGGUUCAUGGGUGCGCUCUCCAACUCGGGUCGUCGUUCUGCGAACUAUGUCGGCUUCUACAAGGGCAUUCAAUCCGUGGGCGCUGCCAUCGUCAAUAACCUCGAUGCCCGCAAACUCUCCUACAAGAAGGAAUUCAUCAGCAACUGGGUUCUUCUAUCUGUGUCGCUCGUUGUCGCUGCUCCUGUUAUCUUCAUGAAGAUCCGGGACCAUGUUGACGUGGAAGACGAUAUUGCCGGAACGGAUGAAACUCUUGCGGAUGUCUUACCGGUGGAUCACCCCGAGAAAGUGGGCGCGUGA